AUGGGAAAUGAUGGAAUCGAGAGGGGAGAUUCAAAAUGUCGCGAAGGAUGCGAAAUAGAAAAUGUUAAAGUCGUUUUAAGAGUUCGACCAUUGAAUGAAUUCGAAGUGACUUCUGGUUAUCGGGAAAUAGUCAAAGCUGACAGAGUAAGCAAUACGGUAUCGGUAACAAAUCCAAAAUCUACAACCGAAGAAUUACCAAAAGUAUUUACAUUCGAUGCCGUUUUCGGUACGGAAUCAACGCAAGUCGAAGUUUAUAACGAAACGGCACGACCGAUAGUUGAAAAAGUACUCGCGGGUUAUAAUGGUACAAUAUUUGCAUACGGACAAACGGGUACCGGUAAAACGUACACGAUGGAAGGAAUCAAUUCGAAACCAGAAUUAAGAGGUAUCAUUCCAAAUUCGUUUGCACACAUAUUUGGUUUUAUAGCCAAAGCAGAAGAUAAUAUGAAGUUUUUAGUUAGGGUAUCUUAUUUGGAAAUAUAUAAUGAAGAAGUUAGAGAUUUGUUAAUAAAAGAUGUUAAUAAUUGUCUCGAAGUUAAAGAAAGACCUGAUAUAGGUGUUUAUGUUAAAGAUUUAUCAAGUUAUGUUGUUAAUAAUGCAGACGAUAUGGAAUCGAUUAUGGAUUUGGGGAGUAAAAACAGAAUCAUCGGAUCGACUGCUAUGAAUAAGGAAAGUUCUAGAUCUCAUGCAAUUUUUACAAUCACCGUAGAAUCGAGUAAAGAUGAUGGCGAUGGUUGCACACAUUUAAAAAUGGGAAAAUUACAUUUAGUCGAUCUUGCUGGUUCAGAAAGGCAAAGUAAAACCGGUUCAGUCGGUAUAAGACUUAAAGAAGCGACUAAAAUAAAUUUAUCAUUGUCGACACUUGGUAAUGUGAUAUCAGCUUUAGUAGAUGGUAAAAGCACACACAUUCCAUAUAGGAAUUCUAAAUUGACAAGACUUUUGCAAGAUUCACUUGGUGGAAAUUCAAAAACCGUCAUGUGUGCAAAUAUCGGUCCGGCUAAUUAUAAUUACGACGAAACUAUAAGUACUCUGAGGUAUGCGACGAGAGCAAAAAGUAUUAAGAAUCGUGCGAAAAUUAACGAAGAUCCUAAAGAUGCUCUACUACGACAAUUUCAAAACGAAAUAGAAGAAUUGAAAAAAAAAUUGGAAGGUUGCGACGAUGCCAUAUCUAGCGGUUCAGAAGAAGAGGAAGAAGUCGAUGACGAUGAUGGCAGCGAUGGAACGCAAGAUGAAAAAGCAGAAAAAGAAGAUUCGGAAAAGCAGAAGAAAAAAGAAAUGGAAAAUGAAAAACGACAAGCGUUGGUGGAAAAGAAAAAAUUAGAAAUAUUAAAAGCACAGCAAUUGAAAAGCAAUUUAAAAGAAAAAUUAGAAAGUUUAGAAAAGAAAGUAUUGUUGGGCGGUGAAAAUUUAUUGGAAAAAGCAGAAGCACAAGAGAAAUUGUUGGAAACGUCUGCUAACGAACUCGAACAACGUCGAAAAGAAGAAGCGCAAUUGAAACAAGCAUUGCAAGAAAAAGAAGCUGAAAGAAUCGACAUUGAAGAAAGGUAUUCGUCACUACAAGAAGAAGCAUCUGGAAAAACGAAAAAGUUGAAAAAAAUAAGUCAAAUGUUGAUGUUGGUCAAAGCCGAGUGUAACGAUUUGAAUCAGGAACAUCAAAGGGAAAAAGAAGGUUUAUGGGAUGGCAUAAGAGCAUUAAAUAGAGAAAUACAAUUACACGAUUUGAUAUUGAACAGUUAUAUACCGUUGGAAUAUCAAGCCAUGAUAGAGAGAUACGUACAAUGGAACGAAGAUAUCGGAGAAUGGCAAUUGAAAUGUAUCGCAUAUACCGGAAACAAUAUGAAAAAACAACAGGCUCUUACAACGUCCAUUCACGGUCACGAGUCUCAUCAACCGGAUUUAUCACACGUUUACCUUUCCUACAAUUCCGAACACAUAUUUAAUUCUGCUAAACAGAUAAGGAGACCGAAAACGUGUCACACAAUAGCGAGACCAUUUUCGGCUGUACCGAGACCGAAAUCUUUGAGACCCGCCAUAAAAUGA